AUGUUGGACAUAGGCCGUCCAUUCCCAUCACGAGCCAUGAAUCUCUUUUCUUCUUCAGGCAAGAAGCCUAGUUUCAAUGAAAAAGUUGUAUCGGAUUCAAUCAAGCCUACUACAAGUACUAUAAAAGAUGAAAACUAUACACUCAUUGAUUUGACUCCUGAAGAAACACUCGUCGAGUUCUCAGAAGACUCAACUGCCGAUCCCACCAACUGGACGCUUAAAAAGAAAAUAUACAAUGCAGUUGUGGGGCUAUUCAUCGUGCUCAAUAGUGGCGUGUCAUCCUCCUUGCCUAGCAAUGCAGUCCCCACUAUCAUGCAGGACUUUGGUCUGUCAGAAGAUGGCCAAAAGGUGUUGCCAACUGCUAUCUUCCUGAUAGGAUAUUGUGUUGGACCUUUGGUUUGGAGCCCAUUGAGUGAGACCGUUGGAAGGAGACCAGUUCUCUUCUGGACCUUUACUGUUUUCGUUCUUGGGACACUUGGCUGUGCUUUUGCGCCAAAUUGGGCAGCCCUGUUAAUCUUCCGUGUCAUCUGUGGUACAAUGGCUGCUGCGCCGCAGACCGUUUCCGGUGGAGUGUACGCGGAUAUGUUCUCCGAUAUGCGGAGCCGUGGUCGCGCCAUGGCUUUGUACAUGUCGGCUUCCAGCUUUGGGCCAAUCAUUGGACCUAUCAUCUCUGGAUGUUCUGUCAAAUAUGGUUGGAGAUGGACCUUCCGUAUCGACUUGAUCAUUUGUGGUCUUACAUGGAUAGCUCUUCUGUUCUUGUCAGAAACGUUCACACCUGUUCUAUUGAAGAAGCAAGCUAAGAAGCUACGCAAAGAGACGGGAUCUAACCGUUAUUUCGCUCCACAAGAACUAAAGUCAGAUGCGGCCUUUACUCUCACCCAAACCAUCACACGCCCACUCACAAUGCUUGUGUUUGAACCAAUUAUUUUGUUCACGGCUAUCUAUGUUUCUCUGGCAUGGGCCAUGGUCUUUUUCUACUUUCAAGCAUAUCCAAUUAUCUUCAAAGGAAUAUAUGGUUUCGAUGUUGCGAUGACUUCUCUCACAUACCUUCCAAUGGGCGUUGGUGCCGCAUCAUCCUGUGUGUUCGCUCUAUACUACGACAUGAUCUAUCAAAAGGCCAAGAAGCUCGGAAAACGCUGGGCCUCAGGACCCGAGUAUCAAAGGCUUCCACUUUCAUGCACAGCUGGACCUCUCCUAUCAAUCAGCAUGUUCUGGCUGGCCUGGUCCGCAAAGCCGAGCGUCCACUGGAUUGUCCCUGUACUUUCAGGGUCAAUCUUCGGACUAGCAUACCAAAUAACCUUCAUCUCCCUUCUCACAUACGUCACCGAUGCCUACAAAAUCUAUUCUGCUAGUGCACUGGCGUCUUCAGUCAUCAUGCGCAGUAUCGCGGGAGCAUUGUUCCCUCUCGCUGCGGAUCCGUUAUACUCAAAACUCGAGGUCUCUUGGGCAACCUCGAUACUUGGGUUCGCCAGUAUGGCGUGUAUCCCCAUUCCUUUUGCAUUGUUGUAUUACGGCCCUUCGAUACGGAAGCGGAGCCCGUUCUGUCAGAGAUUGUUGGGAGAGGAUAUGAUCAAACAGUCGAGUGGAACGAGAACACCCGAGGAGGCUUAA